AUGCGAAUCUGCAUGAAGAAAUUGGCCCCUCUUCCACUCCUGGAGCGUGAAAUACGACAAUUAGCCAGGGAGCGUCCUGAUUUGGAGAGUGCUAUCGACUUGACAAGUCUCCAGAAUGUUGAUACAAAUUCACCAGAUUUUGUGAAAUUAUAUGGACGCCUUCUUCACGCAUGGUUGCUUUCUAUAGCGUGGAUCACUGUUUCAGACUUGAGUAAAAAUUUGCGGCCUGAGGGUGUCCAUUUUGAUGAGAUAGUUCAAAACCUCGGAGUCAUUUCCCUUCUGUCAUGCGCAGCUUAUUACUACCGAUCUCAAAUUGCAACUCUCCUGCCUUCCAAUUCCCGAUCUACACUUCUUAAAGCUCCUUGUCUGGACAUGCAAUUGGCUGCUCUGAUAGAGGAGAAUGAACCAAUGAGGAGAGCCGCUUGCCUAAAGGACGAUCAGUCAAACGCACCUCGACUCUUUGCAAUUCUUGGAGGAAUUUUAGAACAGAAAAAGAUUUCUUGUGGCAGACCGGAUCCUCCCCAUAUUAGUCUCAUAACUGCAGCACUCUGCGCCCUGCCGCAUUUCGUUGGUAGUGGAGAGGAGAUAUUUUCAAACAUAUCGGCUCUUUGUUCAAGCGCUGCCUUAUUCCACUGGUUCACGGGAUCAGAAUGGCCGAAACCGACUUCCAAGCAACCUGCUGCCGACGAACCUCGACUUGCAGCUCAAAAAGCUUCAUCGUCGAAUCAAACUGUUUUAAGAAAUAGUAUCGCCCUACAGAAUCUCGUUCGAUCCUCUGGUGGUUUUGUCAAGAAAGCCCGCCCUGCAAAUCCCGAAAGCAUUCCAGCUGCAAUGGUUGACCUCACCACUGUGGAGCAGUUAGUAAGCAGUACCACGGGUGACUCCUUGGAGGGCAUCAAAUCCCCUGAGCCCGUUAAGCAAGAAGAGGGUCUUCUGAGUGAACUCGCGUGUACUGCUGCCCUCGCAUCUGUCAAUUCAGCCAAUUUUGGUUCGCAAACUAUCAAGGUCUACUCGAAGCCAGAAUCCUCGAUUCAACAACAACCGAGCAACGGAGCUGGGAAUGGGAGUAUGAAUGCCUUCUAUUUGAGCAAAAAUUCUGAAGCUGCCAAAGCAUCAGGAGGUGGUGUUAGCCUUACACGAAGUCCUAUCAAUGGGACAUUUAAAAUGACCUCUCCAAGCAAAAAUCUCUCAAAAUCUGCCAUUCCUCAAAUUGACAAUAAUCUCUCCAACACGGGUAAAAACUGCUCGCCAAUUUCACCUCAGAAGGAUGCAAUAUCUACCACAAAGCCACCUGCUGGAGUAACAGGCUCACUAAAUGGAAAAACAAAGUUAGUUCUCAUAUAUUUAAAGUCACUAAAUUUGUUUAAUUUAUCUCCAAAUAACAUUGAGUGUCUACUAUCAGUUGUUUGGAAGUGUCAAGUUGGUUGGAAAUUUUGA